AUGAUUGCCGCUGGUUAUCUCAUUCUAGUAAUUCUCCUAGCGGCGGGUACCAUUAUCUUCUAUAUUAGGCCUCACGGUAGGAUUACGUAUCCCGAGUUGAGACCGCCAUCCUCGAAUGAAUGUCUUUCAGUUCCAAAGCAAAGAGGCGUCCGCAUUCAUCAAGUCAAUACAUUUCCCAGCAGUACCGAGACGGAAGCUGACGUUGACAUAAUCGCUGUCCAUGGCCUGGAUACGAAGUCACCCGAUACAUGGACAUGGAAAUCUGGAGAGUCGGGUGAAAUGAAUUGGUUGUCCCACCCGGACAUGCUCCCCAGUCAAGUGGGAAAAGCCCGUAUUUUUACUUGUGACUGGCCUGCCGACCUAUUUGAACCAUCGGACUCGGUCCCAAAAAGGAUCGAGGAACUUGCUCGGCUGUUGCUUACCGCAAUCCAUGAUGUUCGUGCAGAAGAUCAGGAACGACCGCUUGUAUUUAUCGCUUCAUGUCUUGGCGGCAUCAUUCUGAUGAAAACCCUUGUGAUGGCCAACCUUAAUCCAGAAUAUUUUCAUAUCCGACGCUCGACGCGCGGCAUAGUCUUUCUUGCUACACCUUUCCGAGGCACAGCGUUCCAUGGCGUAGCUACAUGGGCAGAAUUGGUUCUGAAGGCCCGAGCUUCAAUUCAAGGCCAGCAGGUAUCCUCGCUUCUUGAAUAUACCAAGGCCUCGACUUUCGAUACCGGAGAGCUUCUGCGGAAUUUCACUGGACUAUGUAAAGACUCGGAACACCCUUGUCAAGUUGUUAGCUUCUAUGAAACACAACCAACAAACAAGUGUUGGAUUCGCCAAGGAAAGCUUCUCGUCGACCAAUAUUCUGCAACCCCGGAUAUUGUCCUGGAUCCAUUGCCGUUCGAUCGCCCUCAUAUAACCAUGAACAAAUUCUUCGGGCCUAACGACAAGGAAUAUAAUAUAGUUAUUGGAAAAGUGAAGAACAUUCUAAGGCAUAUUCGAGAGGGUACAUUACUUGAGAGGGCGGAUGCUUGGAUACGAACGAAGCGCUAUACUGCGGAAAGACUUAAGAUUGAGCGGCUCUCGGGUGACCUUCUACCGAUGGGUCAGUGUUAUAUCAAUCUAGCCCUCAUAAAACAAUCCGAAAAUCAUUCCCGGGAUCAAAUAGAGGAAUCUCAACUGCCCCAACCUUCUCCAUUUACACUCACGGCUCGGUUAAAGGUUGAAAUGCCAGACGAGCAGAGUCGCGUCGAACUGGAAAAAAUAUUCGAACCACGUAAGGCUCCAAGAGAUGAAGGUGAUCCUCUACGGCCUAGGAGAAUAUUGAUUAGAGGCCGUGCGGGAGUAGGGAAAACGACCUUAUGCAAAAAAAUCAUUCAUGAGUUCGUUUUCGGUACAAUGUGGAACACCUUAUUUGACCGGGUACUUUGGAUACCUUUACGGAGGUUGAAAACUUGGGAAUUCAACUGGUGCGAUUUUGAAGAGCUAUUCUAUCGGGAGUAUUUCUCCAAUUGCCCGGAUGGCCACGUUUAUGCCAAAACACUGUGGCAUGCAUUAAGGGCGAGUCCCAAGAAGACCUUAUUCAUCCUUGACGGCUUGGAUGAAGUACUGCAUGAGUUAAAACGAGACGAGCCAAAAUACGAACUUCUUCAAAACCUUUUAAAUCAGUCAAACAUCAUCAUCACUUCUCGGCCAUAUGUGACGUCUCUGAGCCAACUCCAGGGGGUUGACCUCGAAUUAGAGACAAUUGGGUUCGAUCCAGUGCAAGUCAAAGAAUAUCUUCAAAGUACCUUUAAAGAUUCUACAAACCAAGAAAACCUCGUAGUCGAGUCUUUUCUUGAGAAGCAUCGGCUUAUUAAGGAUCUUGUUCGAAUUCCAAUUCAAUUAGAUGCACUCUGUUAUACCUGGCGUGGUUCUCUUAAUCUCGCACCGCAGACUAUGACCGCUAUCUACCAAGACAUUGAACUAGGACUGUGGAGAAAAGACAUCCCAAGAUUAGGGAAAACGCAUGAAGGGAAUUCAGUAACAGAGGAUCAAAUACAGCAUGAAUCGCGGUUAAAUAUUGAAAAACUUGCUGAUAAUGAAAUCCACUUCCUCGAGGGGCUUGCAUUCAAAGCGAUGCUCGACCAUAAGAUAGACUUCGAUAGUAAAUAUCUAGACGAGAUACCAAAGAAAAAUACCAUUCUUAACUACACUAUACGACGCCUAUCCUUUCUGCGGACAUCAGACUCUUCAUUAAAUCCAAGAGACCAAAAUUACCACUUCAUACAUCUAACAUACCAAGAAUACUUUGCGGCUCGGUACUUUGUUCGUCAAUGGAAAACUCGAAAGCAUUUAGUCCAACAACAGGCUACAACUAAUCAGGAUAUCGAUCCUAUUAAUUUUAUACGACGAUACAAAUACGCAGACUAUUUAGACAUCAUGUGGCGUUUCGUUGCCGGUUUGCUUGAUACUGAAGAGGACGAAGAAGCUGUUCGAUUUCUCCAGGCGGUCGAGGAAGAACCAGGUGACCUACUAGGACCUACUCACCAAAGAUUGAUAAUGCACUGUUUAAGCGAAGUAUCAACUAGGACACCAUUCAGAGCAAAACUGGAAAUGACAUUGUCAGGGUGGCUACUUCUCGAACGAAAUAUCACAAGAAUUCCAAACUUGGUGAAAGAUAUCGACUUUCCUGACUCUGCACUAGUCACUGCCCUACAGCAUUCAAUCGAAUAUGACCAACAACGGAUUCUUAUGUUUGUAAGAUAUCGAUCACAUGUUUCAUAUAGCACUAUUGCAGCGGUAAUUCCUUUACUGGAGGCAGACCUAUCUGGGUCUAUGGAACGUAUUGUAUGUACUAUAAUACGAAAGUUCCACAUUGGCUUGCCGAGCGAUGCGGUCAAAUCUGUGGUCGAGUGGUUAGGCCGGAAAGAAAGAGCCCUCAGAGAACUCGCAGUAGAAACUUUAGGAGUCCAGGGAUAUCUGUCCGAUGAGGUGGUAAGAUAUAUAGUGGACCGACUUAAAGAUCAUGACUUAGGAGUGAGAAGUGUUUGUGUAAAAGCGUUACGAGAGCGACCAAGCCUCUCCUAUGAGGUGCUGAGGGCUCUGGUGGCACAAUUGGGUGACAAAGAUAGCUAUUGGCGGGCGGCGAUGGAAGUCUUGGAGGGUAUUUCAGACAUACCCAACGAUAUACUAAAAGACAUAGUACCGCUACUUGGAAGCGAAAAUAAAGAGAAGAGGGAUAGAGUUGUCGUUAUGCUCAGAAAACAGUCAACACUACCCGGAGAAGCAACCCAGGCCAUAAAGGAACUGUUGGGGGAUGAUACUAAGUUCGUCGAGUUUCUCAAAGUAAAGGACGAAUCAAACCCAUCUAAUGAUAGCAUUGGGACGAAUAUUGGUUCGAAUGAGUCCAACCAAAUAUCAGGAAGGAGAGUCACCGAUAAGACCUGGCGGUACUACGGGCAACGCCGUCUAGAGAAGCCGAAAAAAACCUACACUUCGAUACGACACACCAAUGAUGGAACCGAUGCGGAGGGCAUUCUACCGGGAAGUCCCCAAAUUUCACACUUUACGCUUCUUAACGACCAGCUGACAGAAUCGCUUUACACUGUCUUACUAAAGCGAAGUUUUGAGGAAUCGUGGGCUUGGUAUAUAGAUAACGGCACAUCUUAUAUUCGUCAUCCUAGUGGAGUCAGUAAGGUUCCCAUCAGCAACGCGAUACAGUUUCACAAACGUAUUGAAGAAGUGCGGCAGAAGGUGUGGGAUGAACACGGGGUAAAAUGUGUUUGGGAAGAUGAGUAUGGUGAAUCCAAAUUCGUACGGAAGUCGCCUUCAAAAGUUAUGUCCAUACUAAGAGCCUGUCAGCUUUUGGUACAGCUGUCCGGCAGUCCGACCCACCUGGCAGCUUAG